AUGGACAAUCCCAGGAUAUGCAUGCUGCUGUGUGUUGUCUUCGCCACAGCGCAGGUUGUGCCAAAUACAGAAAUCGGUCGCAUUACCAUCCAGGUGCCGUUGCUGUCCAAUGGAAAGCCAGUGAUCCUUAACAAUCAGGAUAGAGAGGAGAUGGCCACCGUGGAGGAGAUCAAGCCGGGAAAGGUCCAUGUUGUCCAGGAGGUCGUGGUGCCACCCACAGUUAAGAUGGAGAAUAAAGGACGGCUGACGAGAUCUGUAUCAAACUCUGGAGGAUAUAAUCAUGGUAUUCCAAACCCGAUCCCUAAUCAUGGUAUCCCUAACGUGGAUCCAAAUGAUGGUAUACCUAAUCAUGGAUACCUAAUCCUGGAUCCCCAAUCAUGGUACCUAACCUGGCAUCCCAAUCAUGGUAUACCUAAUCCUGGCAUCCCCAAUCAUGGUAUUCCGAAUCCUGGCAUCCCUAAUCAUGGUAUCCCGAAUCCUGGCAUCCCGAUUCCCGAUGCAUCCGAACUCAAACCCGUUGCAGUGAUGCCUCCAAGUCCAACAACUACAUCGCCAUCGUCUGACCAAGCGGUACCAACAAGGAAUUGUCAUCAUCUUCUCAUGGGUGGCAUGACCACCAUGUCACCCAUGGAUACAAUGGAUACACCACUUCCUCCUCCACAGUCGAUGGAUAAUUGCGAUGAAUUGUGCACCAAACACGAGUACAUCCCGGUGUGUGCCCACAAUGGCAUCUGUGUUCAUGAGUUUGCCAAUCAGUGCGUGAUGGACACAUUCAAUUGUAGACAUCGCGGGAUGACCUUCCGGGCAACGGAUGAGGAUGUGUGCCGACUGGGAGUGUGCAUGAGGCGAUGCAAAGAGGAGGAUAUGAAGAAUUAAGAGAGUUUAA